CUCAUCACCACUUUGUAACAUCAUGGACUCGCAAUCAGAACAGCGUCGUGGUACGUACAAGGCUCGUAAUGCCUUUAAACCCGAAGAGGUUCGCCGCCGCCGAGAGACAGCUCAGGUGGAGAUCCGCAAGCAAAAGAAGGAAGAGAACCUGGCCAAACGUCGUAACUUCAACAUGGAGAACUUGGAAGACGAUUCCGAAGACGAAGCUAAUGUCGGCUCUAUGGAACACCAGGUGUCUGAGUUGCCGAUGAUGACGCAGGGUGCUUAUUCUUCUAAUGAAGAUGCCCAGCUUCAAGCAACAGCUCAGUUCAGAAAGCUGCUCUCCAAGGAGAAGAACCCUCCUAUCGAACAAGUGAUUGCUUGUGGCGUCGUACCUCGAUUUGUUGAAUUUCUUAGUUCAGCAAACACUCAGUUGCAAUUUGAGGCUGCAUGGGCACUGACAAACAUUGCAUCUGGCUCGUCUCAGCAGACAACUAUCGUUAUUGAGGCCGGUGCAGUUUCUCAUUUUAUCAAAUUGUUGAGUAGUCCCGUAGUAGAUGUCAAGGAGCAAGCAGUGUGGGCCUUGGGUAACAUUGCUGGUGAUAAUCCUACGUGUCGUGAUUUUGUCCUCAAAAGUGGUGCACUUGCACCUCUUUUGAACAUUUUUGAAAAUACCGCAAAGCUGUCCAUGAUCCGUAAUGCUACCUGGACACUAUCCAACUUUUGCCGUGGCAAGAACCCUCAACCAGAUUGGCGUUUGAUUGCCCCAGCUUUGAAUAUCUUGGCUCGCUUGACAAUGUCAGAUGAUGAAGAGGUUCUUGUGGACACUUGCUGGGCAAUUUCUUAUCUUUCGGAUGGUACAAAUGACAGGAUUGAUGCAGUAGUAAAUUCGGGUGUGUGUGGUAGACUGGUGGAGCUUCUGAAACACCCUUCGCCUGCGGUCCAGACACCUGCUCUUCGAUCGGUGGGUAACAUCGUGACCGGUGAUGAUAGUCAGACCCAGGUGGUGAUCAACUGUGGAGCACUAGAAGCACUGCUGUAUAUGAUGGCAAGUCCUAAAGAAGGGAUCCGUAAAGAGGCCUGUUGGGCUGUAUCCAACAUUACUGCCGGAAAUCACAAUCAAAUCCAAGCUGUCAUUGAUGCAGGACUGGUGGCACCUUUGUUGCACAUUAUGACCACAGGAGAGUUCAAGACAAAGAAAGAAGCUUGUUGGGCAAUUUGCAAUGCAACUUCAGGUGGACUUAACCAUCCUGAACAAAUCAAGCGCUUGGUACAGGAAGGAGCCAUCAAGCCUCUGUGUGAUAUUCUGAAUGCAAAGGACAACAAAAUUACUCAGGUUGCUUUGGAUGGCCUGGAUAACAUCUUGCGGUCUGGAGAGAUUGAGAAGGCUAACAUGGCAGAUGGAAUAAACCCCUAUGCACUUCUUGUUGAGGAGGCUGGAGGCAUAGAGAUAAUCCAUGAUCUCCAAGCCCAUGAGAACCAAGAGAUUUACAAAAAGACCUACAAUAUCAUCGACAAAUAUUUCUCGGCGGGAGAUGAUGAACAGGACUCAGACAUGGUCCCAGAUGCGGGACAGUUCACUUUCCAGCCGUUGGCGAUGGCUCCCCAGGGCGGCUUUGACUUUGGGCCUCGCUAAUAAAAUUUUAGAGGACCGCAACCGAUGGUGUUUUUUGUGUUUGGUGCGACCCAGUUCAUUAAAUUUUUUUGUUUCCCAGUAACAAACCCAUGCCUGUUCUUUUCUUUCUACAAUGUCUUUGUUGCUGACUACGACGUGCGACUAUGCGCUGUUGGUGGCAAUUCAGCAAGGUGCCUAUAAAAAACAAUAAAACAUUCUUCAAACAACUC